AUUUUUUGUGUGUGCAGUGAAGAUAUCAAAGAGAAACUGAAAUGAGCAACAACGACAACUUGAAUGAGAAUCCACAUUUUUGUCAUGCUGCUACAAGAAAUGAGAAGCAUCGUAGCUUCACGAGAAAGAUAUGGACUUCAGUAGAAAUUGCCCUUGAAGAUCCAAAAAAAGACAAAAGUAUUUCCAAAUGUCAAAUUGCUUGGAGAGCUUUCAAAUGCGUCAUCUUCAUGACCUGCUUAGCCUAUCUUCUCAUACAAGCAGCUGAGUUCUACAAGCAUUUCUACACCUACCCGACGAACAUUAACAUCCGUGUGGUAUCCUCACCUAAGAUAAAGUUACCAGCUGCCACCCUGUGCUACAGAAACAGAAUUUCGGCUGACGCAUUUUGCAAAAUGUAUCCCUCUUUAUGUGAAAGUCCCAAAAAUGCAAGAGAAUAUUGCGAAAAACAUCCACAGUUCUGUCCGGAAAAUAUCUCUAGCUUAGUGAUUCCCAAGCAUGGAUACCACUCAACUUUCUCGAUCGAAGUCGCACAAGUGUCUCAACAGCUACUAUUUAACAGAAGUGACGACUUACCUUUCACUUUCUCCAUCCCUCGGUAUGACAAAUAG